AUGCCAUUGCAGCGUGCCGAGGGCAAUCCAUACCCCUCUGAGGGCGUUUAUAACACAUCCCUUCAGGUCAUCACCCACGCAAGCUUCAGCCUUUCUACCGAAGAUUCUGUCGACGAGCACCCAGAGCGCGGUCUGCGGAUCGAAAAGGUCGCGGUCGCGAACGGACAAGCGUCGAUCGACGUUACCUCGGUGGACUACGGCAAUAUUGCCCUUUCAGGUGCCGACGGCGAGGAGACAUGCUGGGUCUCCAAUGCACAGGUUGACGGGAGACCGGCAUUUGAAGUCUGCGGCGUCGUCAAUCUGGCACAUGGCUUGGGAACAACUGCUCUCGAGGGCCGCUACUACUAUGACUGGCUGUACAGCCCGUCCGACACCCUCGCCCCUGGUGAGCUAAAUUGGAGAUUCAAUAGAAUUGGGCUCGCAAACACCGACAAAAGCACCAUAGCUCAUAAUAUGGACAGCAUUUUGAGCACUACUCUCCCUCGCCUGCUGCACAAUGUCGCAGCCUCCUUGACCCAGCUCGGCCGCGACAGAGCAAACUCGACCGUCCGUGGAACCGCCUCGGUCAGCGAAGCCUACGUUCGGGUAAAUUGGGUUUGGCUGAGCCUUCCUGCGACGGUGGUUGUGCUCACGUUGGUAUUUUUGGUCCUGACACUGCUGGCAAAUAGAGAACAGGGCGCGGAGCUCUGGAAGUCGUCCAUUCUGCCCGUCCUAUAUCAUGGUCUGGAUGAUAGUGCCUUGUGGCAUAACGAGCAAUACAGGACAGCCAGUCGCAUGGAGGCUUGUUCGCAGCGGGUUGAAGUGAGAUUACAACCGUCUGAGCGAGGAAACGGUUGUUGUUGA